AUCUACUUCUCCAAAACCGCGGGUACAUGGCGAUAUGAACAGGACGAUGACACAGAACUGGAAUACGACCCCUCCAACGCUGUCUGGGUCCCAUUGGUUGACGAAGAUCUCAUCAAGAAUCAACAAGCUGCGUAUUCCAUCGCCGGUGUAGACGAAGAGACUCCUGCGGCUCCAGUCCUCAGGAGAGAAAGCAAGAAACGGAAAGUGGAGGAUUACACCUCUGCCACCCCAUUGACGGCAGCCGGACCCUCCAUCAAACGAGGCAAGAACGACAAGAGGGACAAGCCCCCAGCCGAACGUAAAUCGAAGAAUACAGCUGUUUACGUCACCGGCCUGCCUCUCGAUACCGAGCAGGACGAGCUCAUCGAACGUUUCUCGAGAUGUGGUGUUAUCGAGGAGGAUGAACAAGGAGAGCCCAAAAUUAAGAUGUACGCCAGGGAUGAUGGGUCGUUCAGCGGAGAGGCGCUCGUGGUUUACUUCAAGGAAGAAUCUGUCCUAUUGGCCUUGAACAUACUAGACGACGCAGAGUUGCGAUUAGGUGUGCCUUCAACGGUCAUGAGAGUUACAAAGGCCGACUUUGCACACAAGAAUAACUCGAUCGGUACAGGCGAUCAAAGUAAGCCGAGGAAAACGGUGAAUAAAAAAAAGACGACGAAACGAAUUGGAAAAAUGCAAAAGAAACUGGCCGAAUGGGGGGACGACGAUGGUUUUGGUCCAAUGCCCGAUCCUGAAGAUGAUAUGAAUGUGGCUAAUAAAAACAGCCGUGUGGUUGUCCUGAAGCACAUGUUUACCCUACAAGAGCUCCAGGAAGACUCUGCUUUGUUGCUUGAUCUCAAGGAGGAUGUCCGAGAGGAGUGUGCUUCGCUCGGAGAGGUCACCAACGUUGUAUUAUAUGAUAAAGAACAGGAUGGCGUAAUGACCGUCAAGUUUCGGGAUACCAUUAGUGCGCAAGCUUGCGUCCUGAAAAUGAGUGGAAGAUUUUUCGCUGGUCGUCGCAUCGAAGCCGAUCUUUACUCUGGAAAGCAACGUUUUAAACGCAGCGGCGCAGGAGACGAUCUGGGUGGUGAAGGGGAGGAUGCUGAGAGAAAACGGCUCGAUGACUUUGCUAAGUGGCUGGUCACAGAGGGAGAUUAA